CAGCUGAGUAGUAGUCCGUCGUAGGUAUGCACCUUUUUUUUUUUUUUUAACCUUAAGAUAAGUUUUGCUCUAAUAACCUAUGUGGAGAACAAUAUUAUUCCAACUUUUUCUUUUUCUCCCUUCCCGUCAGGCAUGUCUACUUCUGUCAGUGAGAAAAAAACAACUGCCAAGUAAUAUCCACGUCCCAGACUUAUCACUGAGAAGUCUUUUUGAGAAAUAUGUCUCUGUCGGACAUUAUGAGAAUAUGGAGCAGGUGCCCCAGUUAGUCCAGUGGUUCAUAUCCAGUGGUGCAAGCAUUGAGAGCAUCGGACCAUACCCUCUUCAUGCCCUCAUGCAACUCUGUAUCCAAGCAAGGGGAAACCACCUUUUCAGGUGGGUAAUGACCGAGAAGCCAGAGUGGAAAGGCCGCAUCAACCAGACGGACAAGGAUGGCUGCACAGUCCUGCACAUCGUGGCCGCCCACUCCCCAGGAUACUCCAUCAGACGACAGACAGAGGAUGUGCAGUUGCUCCUGCACCUUGGGGCGGACCCCACCCUGCUGGACCCCCACUCCCGCUCCCCCGUGGAUGUCCUGAAGAGGAACAAGAACUUCAAAGCUAUCAAGAAAAUCAACAGUCACUUGGAAAAGCUGGCCCCGUGUUCCAAGGACUUACCAGAGGCGAGCAAUGAUGACGGGCCCGUCGACGAGAGCGAGAUCUUCCAGAGAGCCUGUGAGCAGCUCGAGAAGUGCAUGGACUCAGGAAACCGGUCAUUACGUAAACACUUUCCGAAGCAAGACACAGUUCAGAGGUUCUUGUGCCUCCUUUCUUCUCUGCAAGAAAUUCCUCCUGACCGGGUCUGCAACAUUAAUCGCGACUGUGCCAACGUCUUCAUCAAGUUCUUACUGGGAAAACAGAAGUGGCCCGAAGUCCUGCUGCUGUUGACGGGCAAAGCGAGUGGGGAACCACCAUUCAGAGACUGUCUCAUCAAAGACUGCAGUCUCUCCGACCUUGACCUCUGUGCCAUCAUCCCACACCUCAGCGGCUGGGACCAGCGGAAAACGCAGCUCCUGGGCUGCCUCAUAGACAGUGGAGCUUCGCCUGAGGGUCUCCAGGAGAACAAAGAGAGCCCCCUCACCCUGUGCCUGAAAUUCAAGGACUUCGAGUUGGCUUUUCUUCUCUUGACCAAGGGUGCAGCCCCCCACGGCGUUUCUUUCGCGGAAGGCGAUACUCCUUUGCAUGCAGCACUUCACAUAUUUUUAGAUGUAAAUGCUGACAUCGGCUUUAGCUUCCUCAGCCACCUGUUGGACCUAUUCUUGUCCAACCCCACCAAGUAUGACUACCUUAACCCCAACGUCCAGGAUGGCAACGGGAACACGCUGAUGCACAUCCUCUUCCAGAAGGGCAUGCUGAAGCGCAUGAAGAAGCUGAUAGACCUGCUGGUGAAGUUUAACAUCAACUUUAACUUGAGGAACAAAGAGGGCAAAGACGCACGGCACCGGAUCAAGAAGAACGACCCUCUGCUCUUGGCCUGGAACAAAGCUCUGACGGAGAGCAGGCGGAAGAGCCGACAGGACUCUGCCGCUCACCUGGGGAAGCUCCCGAGGCCUGCCACCCCAGGCCGUACGUCUCAACCCAAGUCUCAGGGUUCAUUUAAGUCGUUGCCAUGUGACGUCACUGCCAACCCCCAGCCAGAAGGAGCUGGGGUCGCUGACAGUUGGGAGAUCGUCCCUGAUGCCCAGGUGGCAAGGCAGGAGCCUGAAGACUUCAGGCCAUGCUAUCUGAGAGACCGUCUCGUGCAGGACAUCACGAUUUUGAUUCAGCGGGUUGAACUGAAUACGUUCCUCCCAGAAGAUUGUCCUCAGUGUGCCGAGCCUCUGGUGGCAGGAGCAGGCACGGAAGUAGAGAAAGAUGAGUUCCAACAAAGCCCAGAUACCAGGAGCUCUGACCAUACUGGGAGCAAUCCUGUCCCCGCUGAGGCAGAGGAAGGACAUGCUCAGGCAGGCCUUGGGGCCACACAGCUCAUUCCUGUUGUUAACAGAGGGACAGAGGACAGCAAGGACCAGGAGGACUGGAGCAUGCAGGACAUUGAGACUUGCCUCCAGGACUUUGAUAACAUGACCUGGGAGAUCGAGUGCACAUCAGAGAUGCUGAAGAAACUCUCAAGUAAGGCAAUGACCAAGGUCAUGAAGAAGAAGAUCAUCCUUGCCAUCCAGCAUCUGGGGAAUGGUGAGUGGACCCAGGGCCUGCAGAAGCGGCUGAAGCACCUGAAAGGAAAGAUCCGGCUCUUCGAAGCCAAGCUGGACAAAGGAGCCCGGAUGCUGUGGGAACUGGCCAUUGACUUCUCGCCUCGAUGCAGUGAGAGCCCAGAGAAGAUCAUCACCACAGAGCAGAACGUGCAGUCUGUGGACAAGUCGGGACAGGUCUACACGGAAAUCAUCCGGAUUUGGGACAUCGUCUUGGAUCACGGUAAGCUGUCGGACUCCAUCAGGGCCAUCUGCAGCGCCUACAACCGGGGCCUGUCCUGCAUUCUGCGAAAGAAGCUGAAGGGUAUCGACAAAGGCCAGAUGUCUGCCAACAUGAAAAUCCAGAAGCGGAUACCCCGCUGCUACAUGGAAGACACAGAGGCAGAGAAGGGCAGGGAGUGCAUGGAUCCCGAAUACUUCCCCCCGGCCAGCGCGGUGGAGACAGAGUACAACAUCAUGAAGUUCCACAGCUUCAGCACCAGCAUGGCCUUCAACAUCCUCAACGACAUGAAGGCAAAGGUGGAGUACCCAUUCCGGGUGGGUGAGCUCGAGUAUGCGGUGAUCAACCUCAACCCCAAGCCGCUGGAGCCUAUCAUCCUCAUUGGGCGGAGCGGCACCGGGAAGACAACCUGCUGCUUGUACAGACUGUGGAAGAAAUUCCACGUUUACUGGGAGAAAGCUGAGCAGGCAGGGAGCCCACUGCUGGCCAAACAGACCUGGUUGAAGAGAAGAUUGGAAGUAGAACCUGGCAAAGAGGGUCCAGGUUGGGAGGAAGAGGAGGAGGAGGAAGAGGAUGAGGAAGAGGAAGGUUCAGUUGAAGCGGAAACAGUGGACAGCAUAGAUGAGGAGCAGGAGGGCGACACUGGUGUGGAGGGACCUGACACGGAGCUGGCUGGAGACGGCCAAGCAGAGGAGCUCUGUGUGCCAGAUCAUGCCCACCAGCUGGAGCAUCUGCAUCAGAUCUUUGUUACCAAGAACCACGUCCUGUGCCAGGAGGUACAGAGGAAUUUCACUGAGCUUUCCAAGUCUACCAAGGCCACAAGUCACUACAAACCCCUGGAGCCCAAUGUUCACAAACUCCAGGACCUGAAGGAUGAGAACUUUCCUCUGUUUGUCACUUCCAAGCAACUGCUCCUUCUGCUUGACGCUUCUCUGCCUGAGCCAUUUUUUCCGAGGAACGAAGACGGCAGCUUGAAAAGAACCAUCGUAGGGUGGUCCACACAGGAAGAGAUGACCAUCCUCCAUUGGCAGGAGGAUGAGGAGGAGGUGGAGGUGGACAGGGACAGUGAUGAGGAGGAUAAAACUGCAGAAGCACGCACGAGUGACAGUGACCCCCGAGCAUACUUGACUUUUGAGGUGUUCACCAACGAAAUAUGGCCCAAGAUGACCAAAGGAAAAACCUCCUACAACCCUGCACUGAUUUGGAAAGAAAUAAAGUCUUUUCUGAAAGGGUCUUUUGAGGCCCUCAGCUGCCCCCAUGGAAGACUUACUGAAGAAGCAUAUAAGAAAUUAGGGAAGAAACGGUCCCCCAAUUUUAAGGAAGAUCGGAGUGAGAUCUACAGCCUCUUCUGCCUGUAUCAACAGAUCAGGUUCCAGAAAGGUUAUUUUGAUGAGGAGGAUGUCCUGUACAACCUGUCCCGGAGGCUGUCAAAGCUCAAGGUGCUUCCGUGGUCCAUCCAUGAGCUCUAUGGCGACGAGAUUCAGGACUUCACCCAAGCCGAGCUGGCACUGCUGAUGAAAUGCAUCAAUGACCCCAACGCUAUGUUCCUCACUGGGGACACAGCCCAGAGCAUCAUGAGGGGCGUGGCCUUCCGCUUCAGUGAUCUGCGCUCCCUGUUCCAUUACGCCAGCAGGAACAACACGAACAAGCAGUGCACUGUCCGGAAACCCGAGAGGAUCCACCAGCUGUACCAGAAUUACAGGUCCCACUCGGGAAUCCUCAAUCUGGCAUCUGGAGUAGUGGAUUUACUUCAGUUCUAUUUCCCAGAAUCUUUUGAUCCCCUUCCGAGGGGUUCUGGCCUCUUUGAUGGCCCCAAACCAACUGUCCUGGAGUCUUGUAGUGUGAGCGACUUGGCAAUUCUCCUAAGAGGAAACAAAAGGAAAAGCCAGCCCAUUGAAUUUGGAGCCCACCAGGUAAUCCUUGUUGCCAAUGAAAUGGCAAAGGAGAAGAUUCCAGAAGAGCUGGGGUUAGCACUUGUGCUAACGGUGUAUGAAGCGAAAGGCUUAGAAUUUGAUGAUGUCCUCCUUUACAACUUUUUUACUGAUUCUGAGGCUUACAAGGAAUGGAAGAUCAUUUCCUCGUUUACGUCUCCAUCACCUGACUCCAGAGAGGAAAGCCAGCCAUUGAUUGACGUGCCCCUGGAAAAACUAAGCUCCUCGAAGGGUCGGUCUCUCACGCUGAAUCCAGAAAUGUACAAGCUCCUCAAUGGAGAGCUGAAGCAGUUGUAUACUGCCAUCACACGGGCUCGAGUCAACCUCUGGAUCUUUGACGAAAACCAAGAGAAGCGAGCUCCCGCUUUCGAAUACUUCAUUAGAAGAGAUUUUGUCCAAGUUGUGAAGACAGAUGAAAAUAAAGACUUUGAUGAUAGCAUGUUCGUUAAGACUUCGACCCCCGAGGAAUGGAUCACACAAGGAGAUUACUACGCCAAGCACCAGUGCUGGAAGGUCGCCGCCAAGUGUUACCAAAAAGGAGGCGCAGGUGAGAAGGAGAAGUUGGUGCUAGCCCACAGCACCGCCCUGAACAUGAAAUCCAAGAAAGUCAGCCUCAAGGAAAAACAGUUGGAGUAUCUGAAACUGGCUAAGACCUAUCUGGAGUGCAGAGAACCAAAACUGUCUCUCAAGUGUCUGAGCUACAGCAAGGAGUUUCAGCUCUGCGCCCAGCUGUGCGAGAAGCUGGGAAAGAUAAAAGAUGCUGCCUAUUUCUACAAGCGAAGCCAGUGCUAUAAAGAUGCUUUCAGAUGCUUUGAACAGAUUCAGGAGUUUGAUCUAGCACUCAAAAUAUAUUGCCAAGAGGAACUUUUUGAAGAAGCUGCUAUUGCAGUGGAAAAGUAUGAAGAGAUGCUAAAGGCCAAGGCCCUCCCCGUUUCCAAGCUGUCCUAUUCUGCUAGUCAGUUUUACUUGGAAGCUGCAGCAAAGUGCCUGAGUGCAAAUAAGAUCAAGGAAAUGAUGACCCUCCUCUCCAAGCUGGACAUAGAAGACCAGCUGGUGUUCCUGAAGUCUCGGAAAUGCCUAGCAGAAGCCGCAGACCUGCUGAACAGAGAAGGUCGGAGAGAGGAGGCCGCCCUGCUGAUGAAGCAACACGGCCACCUCCUGGAAGCUGCCAGGCUCACCGCCAACAAGGACUUCCAGGCCUCGUGCCUGCUGGAGGUGGCCCGCCUCAACGUGGCCAGGGAUUCGGACGUAGAAAAUACCAAGGCCAUUCUGCAAGAAGCCUUCGAGCUCUGCUGUCAAACCAACCAGUUGUCCGGCAUUGCCGAGGCCCAGUUCCUGCAGGGGGUAAUCCUGAGAGACUUCCGGAAGCUCCAAGAUGCCUUCUUCAAGUUUGACAGGCUCAACCACUCGGCCGGUGCGGUGGAAGCCCUGUACGCAGCAGCCAGCUGCUGUGAGGCUGGGCCUGAGAUGGUCCUGACCCUGGCCCCGGGGGGCUUGGAAGUCCUCCUCAAUCUGGUCAAGGCUCUCAAAAGAGAGACUAACAAUGCUGAGAAGGAAAUGGUCAAGUCUUGCUUUGAGUUUUUUGGGAUUUCCCAGGUGGAUGCCAGAUAUUGCCAGAUAGCUCAGAACAACCCUGGACCCAUAUUAAGAAUCGUGUUUGACCUGGAUUCAAACUUGAGAGACAAGAAAACAAAAGACCACUUCUUGAUAAUGACUGACCAGGUGAAGUUAGCAUUAAACAAGCACCUUUUGAGCAGGCUGUGUCAGAUUGCACAGAGCCUGCUCAGGAAGACCUUCCCAGGGGUCUGCAGGAGGUUUAUAGUAGGCUUAAAGUGUGAGGACGAGAACUGUGAAGACUUCCACAGGCCCUUGAGGCGUUGUGAGGCCAGGUGUUUGGUUCAGUCAAAAAUACAUCUGGUGGCAAUCAACGGAUUGCUUUUGGAAGCCAAGAAAGUAUUCCCUAAAACCUUAGCUAAAGAACUUGAAGAAAUUAAUUGUGUUUUGUCUACAGAUAUGUAUGGCCUUUGCAAAUCCUUUCUGAAUGUGAUCUUCCCCAAGCAUUUCCAUCAGAGAGUGUUAUCAGAAAACCCCACAGUGUGCAAAGAAAUCCUCAAACCAAGAUCCAAAUCAUUCCGAUCCUACAGGUUCGCUUUGAAAGAGUACAUCCACUUUCUGUUUGAAAAUGCAAGUGCACAGAACCGACGGGAGUCUACAGACCUGUGGCUGAUUGCCAUGCAGGCUUUCUUGGCUUCCUCCAACUACCCGGAGGAGUUUGAAAAGCUGCUCCGCCAGGAGGAGGACAACUACCACAGGGAACUCAAGGCUCUUGAAAAAGAGGACAGGGCCAGAGGCAGAGGCCGAGGCAGCAGAGUGAAACGAGUAGAAGGGAAAUUUGGCAUGCUGACACCCAACAAGGGUGAGGCAAGUACAGAGAAGACCCACCUGUGCUUCAUCCGGCUGCUGGAGAGUUGCGUCGAUCAGUUCUACAUGUACAGGAACCCUGAAAACUACAAAAGGCUCUUUUUCCGUUUCAUGAAUGUCCUUGUCAAGAGAUGCAAAGAACCACUCAUUCCCAGCAUUGCAAACACGGUGGCCCUGUUGGAGCUCCAGUAUAUCCACUGUGGAGCGGUUCUGGCCCGCCUCUGCAAGAACACCAUCCUGUGCCUCCCCAAGAGCUACAUCUCACUCUUGCACUACUGGGAGUUCCUGUGCAGCAAGAAGGACAAGGAGCCCGUGGACGUGUUCGCCAUCAUUCAGGAAUUCAAACCCAAGGAUGUGACAAGAGCCAUUCAGCAUUUCCGGUUCCACCUCUCCUACCUCGCCGAGGUGCUGUGCGGUCAUGAGAACGUGAACUUCAAUGUCCUGCUCGAUGCCUUCGAUGACAUAGACUGUGUGGUCUCCGGUGAGGCGGAGCGGACGCUGGUGCUGUGCUUGGUGAUGCUCGUGAACGCCAAGGGCAUUCUGAAGCCGCACUGCAAGCGUCUUCUGUGCAGCCACUUCCAGGAGAUCGAGAAGCAGCUGCAGCGGAUGAGCGAGAACUUCCCGGCCUGCGUUCCCGAAAGGCUCCUCAGAGUGGUGAGGCGGGUGUUGGUGGCGGUCGACGUGAAGUCAGUGGCCGAGGCGCUGCAGGACUUGCUGUCUGACCGGGAUAAAGAGUACCUGGUGGACUGCCGUUGGUGUUGGGACAGCGUGCACGCCAAAGGCUCGGUGGUCCGCGGCCUUUAUCACGAGGAGGUCAAGCUAAACCGCUUGCUCUGCGUGGGCUCUCUGGACGGCGCUGCUGAACCAGACAGCGAGUUUGAUCAGGACGAGACAGGGGAGCCGGCGUCGGAAGACCGAGACCACCUCCUCACUGCCAUCCUUUCCCAGAGGCAGCGGAAGGCGUCCAGCCGGCGCAAGCUGAGAAGGGUGUGCCUGCUGGUGUCUCUGUGCAUCAGCUGGAGGAGAUGGGCAAGUGCCCAGGCAGAACGUGGCAAGGAGGAGGCCAGGGAGCCCAGCGCUGGGAACUUCAAAAAGGCCGACGUUGACAGGACCCAGUGCGACCUCUGUGGAGUCAAGUUCAUCCGUGGUCCUGAGAACGAUUUCAGCCCAAGGGAGGUGCUUGAGGAGGUGACUUUCGAGGCUGCAGCCCUUUCCGGGGCUGAGCCAGAGAGGAAAGAGGACCUGGAGAGGAACAGCGAGUCUUACGAGCAGCACAUCUGCCUAGAAGGCCACCAGAGACAGCAAGCGGCCUACCAGAAAUACUCUGCAUUUUUCCGUGAGCAGGUGGACCCGGCCGUCGACGAAGGCAAGCUGGUGGUGCAGGACAUGGAGCAGAGUGUGUGGAUCGGCAGCCGCCUGGGCUGGAAAGAGCACAGCCACGUGCUGCAGAGGAAGGUCCAGGAGAACAUCAAGAAGGUUCUGGAUACGGUGGAGGAGGUGUACAGGCGGAAGGCCUGGGAUAGCGGGCAGGAGGUGAUGACUCCGCUGGUCAACAUCCUGAUCCUGUCGGUCAGGGACGCGCAGGAAUGGCUGAGGAGAACCGAGCUCUCCUUAAAGGAGAGAGGCAUCGUUCAGGAGGAUGAAUAUGAAAAUGAAGUUGAAGACUUUGAUGAGCUGUGUCCUAUAAAGCCUUCACGGAAACGUGGAAAGCAGAGAAAAUAGUAACGACCACACAGCUAUUGCCUCAUAACACCUUCAGAACAUUCCAUCCUGACUUAGAAUUCUGAGCGCUGGGGCAGAAGGAGAAGGAACGUAAAUAAGCCUUAAAAAAAAAAGAAAAAAGAAAAAGUAGGGAGGGCUAAGAACGUCAUUGCUUUUUGGUCUUGUUUCUCCUUUAAUGGUAGCUUAGGGUAUGGUUGCUCCUUCAUCCGCAGGGACCACGCAAGUGCUCUCCAAGGUCAAGUCUAGUGGUAUUAGCCUCCCCGCCCCAAACACCUUCAAGUUAGAGGAGCUGUAGUUGGAGGGAAUGUUGGGACUCCUCACCCCAAACCCCCAGGUCCUCUGGCUUGUUGCCAUCAUGACACACGAGUCUAUAAUAGGAGACAUGGGUGUUUAAGGCACAUACCCCUCAUC